UUUUUCAUUUUUUCUUACCUUUACCCGACAAGAUAAAGAUAUAGAAGCGCGAUAAGAUUACUCUUGGAAAAAUGGGACGGAGGAAGAUGUCAAUCUCAAGGAUAGAGAACCGAACCAGAAGGCAAGUUACCUUUACAAAACGCCGAUUAGGGCUGAUUAAGAAAACCCAUGAGCUUUCUGUGCUUUGUGAUGCCCAGGUUGGGCUCAUCAUCUUCUCAAGCAAUGGAAAGUUGUUCGAGUAUUGCAGUGAGACAUCUAGCAUGGAACAUAUGAUAAGAAGGUAUCAGGUUGCAACAGAGAAUCGAAAUCCGGAAAACAUCAAUUGCCAAACUGAUCAUGAUCAUCAAUUCUUAAUGCCUGGUGAGUUGGCAAGGAUGCAAAAAGAAACGGCGAAUCUUCAAUUGAGUUUGCAACCGUACUAUGGUGAGGGCUUGAGUUCCAUCAAGUUUGAGGAUUUAGAUGAACUUGAGCAGCAGCUGGAAUUCUCAGUCAACAGAGUUCGAGAUAGGAAGUUCGAACUCUUACAACAGCAGACGGAUAAUCUUCGAACGAAGGAGAAAAUGCUGCUGGAAGAAAAUGAACAAAUAUACCAUCUGAUCAAUGAGAAUCAGGCAGCAUUGGAGCAGCAACAGCGGCAGACGUACUACCAAAUGGCUAUGGUGCCAAAGACUGAGGAAAAUAGACAUCAUGUGCUGGAACAGUACUUCCCAUUCUCUGGUCGGAAAGAGCAACCCGCGGCAAGUAGUAGUAGUGUGCUUCAGCUAGCAACCUUGCCUGAUCCGCUUCUUAAUGAUCCAUAUAAUGAUCGUCUCCUGCAGCCUGCUCACCCCAACCUUCAAGAUCAUUUCAGUGAUCUCCAACACCCCAAAAAUGUUUGACAAUGACUCGCAUUACAAGAAAAGAAAGGCUUCGGGUUUCCUUUUCUGUCAACUUGCAUGGCAUGCAUAUGAUCAAGAUCAUCAGAUACAGCUAAACACAUUUACAUAUAUGAUUCCGUUUCCGCGGAUCGGAUCGAGUACUGCUAAUUAUAUGCAUGCACAAAUAAAAAAGUGCUGAAUUCUCAGUAUUUGUUUUUAAUAUGCAUAUGGUGUUUUUACUUUCUUACUUUCUAUCUAUGUCUUUGUUGCUUAUGAACCCUAAUAAAGAUUUAUGUAUUAGUACGAUCUUUUAUCCCACUUUUAUCUUGUAUCAAGA